CAACAAUAAUCUGUUAAACUUGUCUUUGUUUAUAUCAUUUUGCUUGCAAAUCAUUUAUCUGUGUUUGCGUGUUUAUUAUUAUUUUCAAAUUGGAUAUUUUACCAUAAUUUGCUUUGGGUCUUAAAAUCAUCGAAAACUGCAACCUCCGGGCACACUUGAGUUUAUAAGGAUGCAGAGGAAACCAGGAUUUCCUGUUGCUAAUUGCAACAUAAAAAUGCCUGACAGCUUGCCUGUGUCAGAGGGCAUGCUGGAAGAAGAAGAGCCAUUGCAGCGUCGCCAGCAACUCAUCAACUUCGGCCACUCGCAGUGGGGCUUCAACAACUGGAGCUGGGCGGUCACCAAGCAGGACUUGGAUUUUGCAGAAAUAACGAACGGCAAGUACUGUGCAGGGGUAGUUUCCUUCGUGUCGGUCACUGUGAAGAGCCUCAACAUCCAUCGCGAGAACAUCGGCUAUGCAACCUCGAUGGCGCCGUACAAGGGUGCUGCCAUACACAACGCUAGAAAGUGCGCGGUAACAAACGCCCUUCGGGAAACGUUACUGAGCUUCGGCGGUAACGUUACCACGGAACUAAUGGAACUCCUCGACGCGCACCGGCACGACGUUCCCAACAAGAACCAAAAUCAAAACCACAAUCAAAAUCAGAACCAGAACCAGAAUCAAAACCAAAACUCUAUUCAAAAUCAGAAACACGUACCCCCUGACGCGCUGCAUGAAAACAACCAGAAUAUCGCAAACAUGAAUAAGCAUGUGGAGAAGAACGCGUUGAAUGUGAAGAAAGAGGAGGUGCCGGGCGGGGCCAAAGUGCAAAUCGCCCCCCUGAAGAAUGUCUCUACCCCACCUGUGGCCAAGGCGCAUCCAAUGCCUGCCAACGUGCCGGCCAACUUGCCAGCCAACCGUCCAGUGCCAACAGCCAACGUCAACGCCAAAGCACAACGUCACUCCGCGCCCCCGCCCGCACCUCAACCCGCUCCGCUCAUACGCCCGAACUCUAACGUAAGUUUCGUCCUCCAACCCGUUAUGGGGGGAGUGCCGCCCAUGUUUUCCAACCCCCCUCGCUUAGCGCCCCCUCCGCCCCCGAUGUACCCAAACUACUACGAGUACUCGGUCCCGUGGCACUUCGCCUAUGAACCGUACGACCGUCACCAUGGCAACGUGAACCUAAACUUCAACAUGCCGCCUAAAAAUUUGGUCGUCAACGGCCGCGCUGGGUCCGUGGACUGCAAGGGUCGCGAGGAACACUACAGCGGGCAGGGCUGCUGGAUCAAACCUUCCAUCUUCUACGACGGCUUUUGGACGGAGCAGAAGGUUAAGAAGUGGGUCGCUGAACAGGUGGAAAAACAGUUUCCCGGUGACCCGGGUAACAGACAGCUUCCGUCCGACCCCGCGAUACCUUCUAAUCCCCAAUGAUUUAUAAUAAAUCGUUGCAAACCCUCAACCUUUUAACGUAGGGUUACAUUGCACAAUACAGUGGUAAUUUUGACAGAUGACCGUGGCGUAUUUCCACAAAUCAUUAAAGUAUAAGAAACUUUGUAACUAGUAGUUAGGUAGAUUUUUGUCUACCUAUAUGACUAGCAUGGGCAGGCUACAUUUUUCUCCAGGGAAAGGAUAUAAUGUUUAUCUUCUCUCACAGUUUUAUCCACUCUCCGAGCAUGGGCGUACGAGUGGAAAAUGAUAUCGUGUUAAAUUAAACAGGGCAAAGGUUCUUUUUGUCUAUGCCGUGCUUUGACAGUUGUACAAAUAAAUUUUAUCACUUGUGAGUGGAUAUAAUCGGGGGAUAAUUUUUUUGGCCAUCAUUGUGGAUAUUAAUGCUAUAAUCGUUUUAUAAGAGUUGGCCGCUGCCCAGAUGUGUGACUGGUUUAAUCUGUACUAGAGUACAUGACAACCUUAUAAUACGGUAAGGAAUAGAGGCUAGGAAUUAUUUGUUAAAGAACCGAUUACGCUGGUCCACAACCUACAAAUAUAAGCGUCGGCCCUACCUAUUCAUGAGCAUGACUCGACGGUGAAUGUUUAAUGUAUCAUAGCUAGACUUCAUAAUCAUCGGUAAGAAUGAAAUUACAUUUAUUUGUUUUGCAACAUUAAAUAAAAUAAACAUCUGAAAUUGUAAAAUGUAAAAAAAUUUAACUCAAACAAUCAAACUUAUCAAUUGCCGCAGAAACAAAAGAUCAAUGCAGAAAUAUUGUCGUUAGACGUCUCACACUGUAAAACUUAAUAUAUAUGAACUGUUAUGUAGAACCAAAGUGGUCUUGUACUGAAAUAGUAACAAAAUUGAAGGAGAACAAAAUGGUCCUAUACACAAUUACGCAUGCAAUUUGGUUGUUUAUUUAGUAUAUGUUUUUAUUUUAUAUUAGCAGAAGUGUACUAACUCGUUGUCUAACAAUGUUGACAAACAAAAAUGUUUAUCUAUUUUUGUUACACAGUAUGGAAGUAUCAAAGUCGAUAAGUUUAAUUUAACUGCAAAGCCUCAACGUAAAUAAGUUAUGCGGUGAACUGGUUGCAGUGUGAGCCCGCUGGGCACAGAAGGUUCGGAUUGUCGGUCCUCUCAAGUAUUCCUUACUCUGAGAUGGCAACGUUUUGAACUUUUUAUAAUGAAUGUAUGUUCACACGUAUGCACAUAUAAGUAUAAAAUAGUUUGACACCUGAACUCUUAGUACAAAGUUUGUACGUUCGUAAUAGAUUAACCAAAUACUUUAGGCCGAGCGUGACAGAAUACUGUACAAAGGUUAUUUGAAGAGACCCCAUCGAGAGAGUAAAAUUGAAUUUAUUGUAUCAUCGCUAAUGAGAAAAUUCAUAUAUAUCAUUCCACUGCUGGACUAAAUCGCAGUUGAUGGUAGUAGUAUUACCGAGGACUCUGCUGCCCAUUCUCCGUUAUGUUCCCUGAAAGCUGCGGGGGUGAAGAGGGGAUAUCGUGAGCGGUGAGGGGAUGUAAAUCGAUCUUUAAAUGAAGGUAGUUAGUUAACUUUAUUUUUACUCUGGCGUUAUUGUUUCAUUCUUUGAAACAGAAUAUUCUACCAGGGGUACAGAAUCUAUAGCUGGUACUUAUGUUAGAAAGUAAACUGUAAAAUUGGUACGCUCUCAUUCGUACGGUCUUUAUCGAUUUAUCGAUUAAAGCAAUUAUUAUUUUCCUCUUCAUGAGACAUACUGACGUCGAUUUAUUUAAAAAACUGUCACCCGAGGGGUUCUGGCAUCAGGUAUUUUCAAACAGGGUUUUUUUGUUGGUUAUAUAAAUAAUCAAAUACUGCAUUUAGUUUAAUGGCGGUAAGAGAUAAAAUUAGAGAAGCGUAGGCUAGUGGUUAGGCCUUCGACUUCUCUUUGGAAAGAGUUCCAACCCCGGCACUCACUCCUAACUUUUUCAAUUGAAGGUAAACAAAGUGAGAAAACCUGCAUGCCUUAGAGUUCUCCAUAAUGUUCUCAAAAGUGUGAAGAAUCCCCACUUGCACACCGUUGUGGACUACGGCCUUAAACCUUUUCACUUUGGGAAACUAUAUAUGGUUUGAUAUGAUGAAGAGAUAUAAAUUUUAUCUCUGCCGACAUCCAAAGGGAUUAGGUUAGAUUUGUCUCAACACCGGUCACGUCGGCUGUUUGUAAAUUAUAAGUUUGUCUUGCCAUUAUCGAAUAAGAAUCUCAGUAAUACUAGUAUAGAUAAGUUUAAGAAAAUGUUUAUUGCAUUUUAUUAAGAGUUUCACAAUAUAUAUAGGUCAAUAUAAAAACAAGUAACUAGUAGGGUUAGAGUUAUUGCGAAUGUAAAUUGGACUGCGUUAUGUAAUAUCGAAUUAAGCGACGUCGAUAUGAGUCGGUGUUCGCGGCAUUUGUAAGCGUACAUUAAACGCAGUAACAAAAUUUCAAAUAUUUUUUAUCGUUAUAUUAUAUUAAUUUAAAACACAACAUGAAAUGUACCUAGUAAAUGUACCAAGUAAAUCCAUAAAUCCACAUUUAUAAUUUUCGUCGUAAUAUAUUUACCUAACUUUUUUUUUCGUUGUUUAAUUCGGUAUGACAACGGAGUCCAAUAAAGUAGGUUAAGAUAUUUGGAGUUCCACGUCGUCUUUGGCGCCGCCAUAAGCGCGAGGUCCCGAGUCCGAUUACCUAUAUAAUACAACUGUCAUACCUGUUACAGGUUAGCCCGCUACCAUCUCAAACCUAUCAUCGCUCACCAUCCGGCGAGAUUGAAGUCAAGGGCUAACUUGUAGUAGAAUAAAAAAAAAUGUUUCCAAUUAAGUGUCAAAACAUUUCUUAUUUUUUUAUCCCUGAUGAGAACAGUUACCAGAGGUAGUGCUGUCAUUUCCUAGUGUUCCCUAUUGGAAAAACUUUAAAGCUGUCAAUUUAGUUCAAUCUAAGAUUUUGAACAUUGCAGUGCAUUUUGUAAAAUACUAUCUCACAUAGUUAUAUAUUACGAACCGGUCGCUAUUCGGGCCGGUAUUUCGCACCUCGAGCCUUUAUUUUUGUGAUGUUUUGUCACGGCACGGUGGAAUUGCGUAUUCAUAGAUUUAAAAGUGUCUGUAAAGGGUGUGUACAGAUGGAAUGCGUUUGUAACGCAAACCAACUGCAAAGUGCAGUUCAUUAGCAGUUGAUAACUAGAACUGCAGGUUAACAGUGGUCUUAGCGUCUAAAAGUUUCAUGUUAAUAUACGAUACGCUAUCAUUUUUGUUGUCUUUUGACAUCCGAAUAUGGUUCCGAAUCUAGGAGACUCCUCGCUUUCAAGUGAAAGAAGUUUUUUUAACUUGUCAUCAAUAAGCUUGCCAAGAGGCGCUCUCUAAGCUUCUUUAAGCUUUAAGGCUCAAAGCAAAGUUCUUGCAAUUCGCCAUAGGUUAUAAUGUAAACAACAGUAUAAAAUGUGAGCAGACUGUGUAGGACAACAUUUUUUCUCCCUUUUCAUUUUCAACUAAACUUUUCUUUAUAUUAUAGUGUAAAGCGUGUUUUUAAAAUUAAGAACACGCGGGUUCUAAAAAAAUACAUAAAAAAAGUCACAUAAAGAGAUUUUCUUUAGGAAAAUAAUUUUUUACAUAAUUUUGAAAUAUACUUUACAAUUAUUAAAAGUUACCCCGAGAUUGUACAAGCCAUAGGAUAGGAUAAGCAGAAAAAACACUAUAGCUGCUUAGUUGCUCGAUAAUUUCAAACUGCAAUUUUGCAGUUGGCUUGCUGACAGUCCGUCUGUAUGCACACUAAAAGCUGAAUCACACUGAAGGGAACUGGUUUAUACUGGGAGGCUGUAGAUUUUCUAACCUUUCUCCAUGUGAACUUUUUGCCGAACAGAGUCCUACAGUGUGGUUUAACCUAAAGACUUUUUUGUGUGUUUUUAUGUAUGCACUCAAGCAAUGCGUAGACGUACAUGUUUUAUUACAAUAAACUUUUUGAAAAUU